AUGUUGCGAAAGAAAGAACGUACGCAUCUUCAAGAUAACAGCUUUACAUGAAAUAGAAAGAUUUAUUUCUUACGUGUUGUUGAAUAAAUUUUAUGUAAAUCGUCCAAAGCGACUUAAAAAUAUUAUUUUUAGCAAUAAGACAGUAGAAAAGCAUUGCAAUUAAUUAUAGAAUUGUUAUAUGUGUACAGAUGACGUGUAACAAACCUGAUGCGAAUAGAUUGCACUUCCGGCGUAGAGAUGAAGACACGAAAUAUAUGAUGAGAUUUGGAGCGAUUCCGAACACACAGAAGCGGAUUGUCGAAAUGAAAAUCUGAAUUCUAAGAUAUUGAACUUGGGCCGUUACAUUCACAUGUUUCACGAAGCCUGCAUUAUUACAAUGUUAUCGACGAUCGGCCAUAUCAAAGGGAAAUGCGUUGUCAUCUUCGCGUCCAGCAGAACUCCAGACUCCCAGAGUGCCGUGCCGGAACGAGACGGUGAUUUGCUGACUGCUUAGAAAACGGCGGAGUCAUUUCGAGUUUCCUGCAGAACAGUGAAUAUUUCGGACAGCCGAGACGAUGACGGCGAGAUACGACAGAGCGAUCACGGUUUUCUCGCCAGACGGCCAUCUGCUCCAGGUGGAAUAUGCCCAGGAAGCUGUCAAGAAAGGCUCGACGGCGGUUGGCGUACGCGGCGCAGACGUAGUGGUCUUGGGUGUCGAGAAGAAAUCUGUCGCUAAGUUGCAAGAGGAACGUACGGUGCGCAAGAUAUGUCUCCUGGACGAUCAUGUAAUUAUGGCUUUCGCAGGUUUGACCGCUGACGCAAGGGUACUGAUCAACCGUGCGCAAGUUGAAUGCCAGAGUCACAAAUUAACUGUAGAAGAUCCUGUUACCUUGGAAUACAUUACGAGGUAUAUUGCAGGCUUAAAACAGAAAUAUACACAAAGUAAUGGCCGUAGACCUUUUGGAAUAUCCUGUCUCCUAACUGGAUUUGAUUACGAUGGUGUCCCACAUCUUUAUCAGACAGAGCCAUCAGGGAUAUAUUACGAAUGGAAGGCGAACGCAACAGGUCGCAGCGCCAAGACUGUACACGAAUUCUUGGAGAAGUAUUACACCCCGGAAGAGGUAUCGACGGAAAAGGGUUGUAUAAAAUUAGCUAUUAAAGCCCUACUCGAAGUAGUUCAGUCUGGGCAAAAGAAUCUGGAAAUAGCGGUAAUGCGACGCGGGCAGCCAUUACAGAUGUUGGAUACAGACACUAUAGGCGAAUACGUAACGGAAAUCGAAAAGGAGAAGGAAGCAGAGGCAGAAAAGAAGAAACAGAAAAAGUGAUGCCUUGUGUUCUACUAUACACUCAACUAUACUACCAUUAUUAAUUUUUCUUAUAAAAUAAACAUAUUGCAACAGAAAUAGAGGGAGGAAGGCAUAUAAAUGGAACGCGAUGAAA